AGCGACCCUAAGAACGCAAGCUUGACUUUGUGAAAGGCAUAUUCAACGCGUCAGAGUCUGUUUCGUCGUUUCCAACUUGCUCUCUUAAUCGUGGCAUGUCUGUGAGCGAUUCAGCAGCGGUUGUUGCCGAACAACUAUUAUCACCACAACACCUUAAGGUGGUAUCAUGCGUACAACUGCAAAGCUUAUGGUCGAACUAUGGCGAAAUAUGCUCAUUGGACGUUGAGCAGCUCUCAGCACCGCCUUCAACAGCCAAUCGAUCCCGUCCGUUAAUAUUGAAACUCAUCCAGCCGCCUGCAGGUGCUCGUCAAGAUGACGAGGGAUACAUGCGGAAGAUCAUUAGCUAUCAGGUUGAAAGAUACUUUUACGAUAAACUCGCGCCUAAGCUUGCUCUACACGUAUCGUUGGCAGCUUGUGUGAUAUCAUCAGGCCCAGAGACCAAAGGCUCCGAAUUAACACACUCUCAACCUCCGGCCAUAGCAUUGGUAUUGGAGGAUCUGAGAGAGAGAUUCCGGGAUUCAGUCGCUCGACGUGGAAAUCUCAACAAGCUACAAUCAUCUGCCGCCAUUCGAUGGCUUGCAAAAUUUCAUCACUACUCUCAACAACUCAUAACCAACCUAGAUCGCACACAGUUACUUCUAGCGCCGCUUGAAGAAGCCCAGAAGCCCAAUUUUGACCUAUUCCAUUGUGGUAAUAGGCUCUGGUUGAAUGGAGGUUAUACCUAUCUUGCGACUAGACGAAGCGAAUAUGCUCAACUAGUUAGUGAUUGCAAGUCAGAAUGGUCCGAGGCCCUGUGUCAGGAUGCGCUGGGAACGAAGUAUUCGAUUGCAGAGCUGGCAGCAGAAUAUCUUACGCCUUGUGGCAGACCGUCUGAGAGUCUUAUACAUGGAGAUGUCAAAUCAGAAAAUCUUUUUGCGACAGAAGAUGCCUCUGAUGUUGCAUUCUUCGACUUCCAAUAUGUCGGCCUUGGAUAUGGAGUGUGCGAUCUAGCGAAGCUAUUUACCUGCUCUGUACCAGCUGAACAGCUUGGACUAGAGAACGCCCCGGAUCAGUCCAUACCCAUGCUACCAGGCGAGAAGUCCUUGUUGCACGAAUAUUUAGAAGUACGAUGCUCUCAGGAUGGUAUGUCUCUGGACGCUCAAUGGGACGAAUUCUCAAGACAGUGGGAGACGGCAUUAGUAGACUGGUGUCGCUUCCAGGCGUCAUGGGGAUUUUGGGGAAAUACUGAAUGGCUGUCCGCUCGUGUUCGUUAUAUUAUCAAGGAUAUCGGGUGGCAGAACUGGUUGUUGGAGGAAAUUAGUAUGAGGUCUCAUCGCGAAUCUUCUACGAGCUAGGAAUGGCAAUUAUCUCCCAUUGGCCCAAAAAGCAGAUCAAAAGCGGCUUUGGUUGUUUGAUUACCGCAAGUAAUUCAAAUAUACUCUGGAGGGAGAGAAGGUCAGGAGUAUCCUAAAGACGUAGGUACACCCGGAUUGUAUGGGACCGAGAGCCGGCGUUUGUGCCAAGCGAUAGUAGUACUCCUUGGUGAGGUAAUGUCUAUCAAACAACCUACAGAUACCAAGUUGUGAAACACACUCAUGUACCAACUUCUUUUGGAACUUCAAUCGUACAUUGACAUGGGAAGUAAGAAUAAUAUACUGUAAAAGCGCUUCAAAAUGCUCGCCAGUAAAAUACAAAAUACAAACCAGUAAAUAAUGCGUCCUAAAUAAUCACACUGAUGCUAAACCAUUCGCCAUGAGCAAUGCAGGAGAAGAAGCUAUGAGGAUAGACAUACGCUCAUAGGACAUCAUCCUCGGACAGGGAAAGACUGGUAUCCGUAUCCACAGGUUUCAGAGGAAGCACAAGCCGAUAGGCACUGCUUCCGUUGAGAUAGUAGCGAUGUAGCUUUUUGGAUCGGAAGAAGCCAAGUCGUUCGUAUAGCCGCAUGGCAGUCUUGUUGGUCUCUUCCGUCUCUAGUACUAUUUCGUCGGCAUUGCGUUCAAUCAUAGCAUCCAUCGCUUUCUUAACAAGAGCCGUAGCAAUCCCUUGUCCACGGAAUUCUUCUGCCACUGCGAGCAUUGCUAUGUAGCCACGCCGUGUUGGUGUCGAUCGGCAGGAAUGGACUUCGAGUUUGCAAAUAACAACGCCAAUUAGGGACGAAUCUUUCGGAUUCAAAGCCUACUACUAUGUCAAUAUGAUAAACUAUAUAUAUAUAUAUAUAUAGAACAAAACCGAGCUUACCAUGAAACAAAGAUGAGCCCAUUGGUAUAAGAAGUAGCGGUAGACGUAGAUGCUGUAAGGCUCACUAAGAUCUUUCGCGAUAAGGGAGCGGAUAGCUGGGAGAUAUGUAUUUUCUAGGCUGUGUUCAUAUUGGAUAUAUUCGAGAUUUGCAGCCGCCAAGUCAUCUGAGCUUGACGUUAUAGUCGGGCGUGCACACACUGACGCCGCCAUGGCUGGAGCGUCCGAUGUAAGCAACAGGCAGCCCUGGUGCUGGUGUCGUCGUAGGAUUGCUUCGCGAGUUCAGAGAGAGGUAGAUUCGAGGGGCGUAGGAAUGGUAUCAGUCCGACAGAGAAAGAGGAGUAUGAGAGUUGGCAGUUUCUUGUAUUUGUAGGAGGGGUGGUCGAGGCUGUGUUCUUAGUCGAUUUCUGGCCGCAAG